GUAGUUGAUUUGAAAUGAGAAAAUUGUGCAAUUGUCUCACCUGCCUGCUUAUUAUAAUAAUCCUUUCAAUUACACUGGCUAACGCUCAAGAUGAGCAGCACUCCCCUAGAGAAAACGAAGCAUCUCGUGACAACUCCGACGUUUGGCUCGUUGUAAUUCUGUGUCUUUUAUUCUGCUUCGCAUUACGUCAUAUGAACGACUUUUACGUCGGUGAAUCGGUCACGUUGGUUGCAGAGGGAGAAUUUUCUCAUCGGUUCAGUCGGAAACAAACUAAUAAACAUUUGGAACGUGUUGAAAAAGACUUCAAUGACAUGUUCCAGAAACUUUGCGAGAAAUAUGAAAGAGAUCUGGAUUCAGAUGGAUGCUGCGAUUAUUAUGAGGAAAACAAACCUUCCGAGAAAAUUCCUUGAAUAUUUGAUUUUGUUUUUUUUUAGUUUUUAGUUGGGAACGUUAAUAAAUAGUGUUGUUCUAAGGGAA